AUGGAGGACUGCUCGAUGCAGCUCAAUCUCUCGGAGCCCUUUGCCACCGGGGACUUGGAGGACAGUAUUCCUGGUCCAGAUGUCCAACAAUGGCUGGGUCAUGAGCGUCCUUUCCACAACAACUUGCCACCCCUUGGGUUCAAUCCGUCGGAGCCUGUCUACUCCCUUGGCCUCCACCCAAAUACCUCGGACUGGCAUCACAAUGGUAUGCCAUCAGACUGUGAUACAGACCCUGUGGACUCCGGCUAUGGCAGUGUUAUCCAAUCAUCCUCGGAACCAAUGGAGCUUGCGACGCCGCACCGCACCCCAUACCUGAACCUUUCCAACGAGGUGGGAGAUCAGCUGGCGGGAUUUCACCUGGGCGGAUCUGGAUCUGAGCGCCAUCUGAUGCAGAACCAAAACGGCCAAGUCGGCCAGUCUCAGUGCUCAUACUCUCCGCUACCACAGCAGUAUCAGCAGUACCAGCACCAAGACCAGUUCCAGUAUCAGCAACAGCCUCAACAGCAACCCCAGUAUCAGCACCGGAUCCAGCAUUGGCCGCAGAUACAACAGCACCAACCGCAUGAGUCGCGAAAGCAGGAUCAGACUUUUAGUUCCAUGGGUGACACCGAGUUCUGGUGUCACUCAUGCAACAAAGCAGUCAAGACCAAGUCGGAACUGAAGAGCCCAGAUCAGACCACUUCCCAUACCGGUCAAAUAGACAGUUCGCAUUGGGAGCAUGAUCGAGAUUCGGUCGAUGGGCUCAGUGACGACGCCUUGGCAAGAUCCCAUGCAGGGGCACAAUUCACUGAUCCCUCGAAGAUUAUCCUAACCACCGAGUCCUCGAAUCCCGAGCCGUCCAUGGCUGACAAGGCUUUUGACUCACUCGAAAGACAAUGGGAGCAUGAGUCAGCCCCUUCCUUUGAACUUGACACGGAAGAACCGCAAAUCUCCCCAGUAGGGCAGCAAUUGAAGCAGGACACGGAGAUUUCCUUGGAUAGCGAUGAGUGGAGCGACGAACAAAAAAUCGAGAUGCUAAGCAGAUGGCCGAAGAGUGUGCUUCGCAAAGCCCUCGCUGCUACCUCCGGUGAUAACACAGGGAGAGGCUCCCUGACCGGGACCCAUGGCAUAAAACACAAAUGCGAUGAAUGCCCCAAGAAGUUCAAGAGACCUUGCGAGCUGAUGAAACACAUGAAGCGUCACGACCGGCCUUAUGCCUGUACCGUUUGUUCCAAGCGGUUCGGGAGCAAGAAUGACUGGAAGCGGCACGAAGGCACCCAGCAUGAGAUCAAGGAGCUUUGGCACUGCGACCUCGGCUGCCACAAGGUCUUCACCCACCGCGAAGCGUUCGAGACGCAUCUCCACGCCACGCACAAGGACUUAGAAGAGGCGUCUGUCGAGGCGAAACUGGCCAACAACCGCACCGGGCUUCACGGCAAGCCGUCUUUCUGGUGCGGCUUUUGUGGAAAGUUGUUGACGGUCGCGCCGGGGAAGAAGUCGGACGUGGAGCGGGCCGAUCACAUUGAUAACCACUUCAUGGGACGGGACAGCUACGAGCUGAAAAUUAUUGAGGAAUGGAAGCAGAUGGAAGAUUGCUAUGACUACGUCCUUGACGUUGGAUUCAAGCGGAAGAGGAACGACGUGGAUGCGCCAGAGUGCUCGAGGCCGGCGAAGCAGCGCAACAACAACAGGCGGACAUGA